AUGGUAUCAGAUUCAGUUGAAAAGCCCACUAGCGAGACAAGACCUCGCUAUGCACCACGUAAGGCCAAGUCAUACGAUACCGAUAAACUGCACCAGUACGUGGUGCCGGAUCUGUCAAUGCAGGACCUGUUAUCUGCCAUUCCCACGCAAUGCUUCCGCCGCUCAACGCUGCACUCGUCUAUGUAUGUGAUGAUAGACUUUGCACAAGCUGCAGUGUUGUUCUAUGCGGCAUCUUGGAUCGACCCUUUGACGCAAGACAUGCACUGGUCCUUCCUAUCCAUGUCAGAAGAAUCUACCCGCUCUGCACUGCGAUUUAUUCUCUGGGGGUUGUAUUCAUUUUGCCAAGGCCUUGUGUUCACGGGCAUCUGGGUUUUGGCACACGAGUGCGGACACCAGGCAUUCAGUCCCAGCAAGUUUAUAAACAACACCGUGGGCUGGUUCCUUCACUCAGCCCUCCUAGUGCCCUACCACUCUUGGCGCAUUUCGCAUGCGCGUCACCAUGCGGCGACGGGCCACAUGACGCGCGACGAGGUAUUUGUGCCGUCGACCCGGGAGGAACGUGGGUUGCUUCCUCUGCGUCCAGUUGAUGACGACAGCCCUGUAGUGACGGACAAGACGACAUGGAGUGAAUGGCUCGCUGAACUACUUGAAGAUGCGCCUUUGUUCAAUUUGCUGGAACUAAUUAUCCAACAGCUGUUCGGUUGGCAAUUGUAUUUGCUGUUCAAUGUAUCUGGCCAAAAGCAUUAUCCUAGGUAUACGAAUCAUUUUAUGCCUAAUUCGGUUAUAUUUGAUAAACGCCACCGCAACCAAAUCAUCAUGUCAAACGUGGGGAUUCUGCUGACUCUGACGGUGUUGUGGACGUGGGCGCGGCACGCUUCCAACGGCUGGUUUGAUGUGAUGCGAUACUAUGGGAUACCAUACGUGUGGACAAAUCACUGGCUUGUCAUGAUUACGUACCUGCAACACACAGAUGUCAAGCUCCCUCACUACCAUGCUUCUAUGUGGACGUUCCCACGAGGAGCUCUUUGCACGAUUGAUCGUGAAUGGCUCGGAUUCGUCGGACCUUGGUUUUUCCAUGGCAUUGCUGAAACGCAUGUGCUUCACCAUGUUAGCAGCAGGAUUCCUCACUACAAUGCUUGGGAAGCUACUGAGGCACUGAAAUCACGUAUUGGCCCGCAUUACAUGAAGUCUACAGAAAAUGUGUUCGUCUCGCUCUGGAAAACAAUUCGCAGCUGUCGCUAUGUGGAGAACGAGCCUGUUACCUUUUAUCGUAAUGCAGAUGGUGUUCCUGGAAGUGUAGCAGUACUGUCGGCUGGUACCGAUUCUGGUGUUGCUCUUUCUGAUUGA